AUGCAGUCCUUCAGAGAGCGGAGCGGUGGUUUCCACGGCAACCAGCACUGCUACCAGCAGGACUCUCUUGAGUACGCGCACCUGGAGAGCUACAGCCGACAACACCACCACCACCCGCAACAUCUACACCCACACCACCCACUCUCGCAACACCACCAGCCCAGCCACCACCAACACCCCGGCCAGAGCAGCCGACCCCCCUCGGCGAAAGACUGUUACGGGCAGCAGGGUUACGCGACAUACGGCAGCAGCAGUAGUAGUAGUGGCGGCUCUGGUUCAGUAAAGAAGCCCUCCUCAUCUUCCUCCUCGUCCUACCACGAGGGCAAAAUGUCCAGCCACCACAUGCCGGCGGGGUAUGGCAACCACCUGGGGGUUCCCGGGGGCUACUCGGCCCAGUACCUGAGCGAGAGCCACCACCUGCAACAGCAGCAGAAGUGGGAGGAUGCGACUCCCCAGCUGGCCUCGUACGAGCAGGACAUGGUGGGACGCCUGGACCCGGGAGGAGGAGGCUCCCAGUACCUGGAGCAAAGCAUGAUGGGUAUGUCCCAGAGCCACUGCCACCUCCCUGGCCAGUCUCCGUCUGCACAACCUGCCUACACGAGCCCCCACCAUCAGCAGCAGCAGCAGAGCUCCGGGUCCUCCCCGCUCAUGUACCCACAGAGCCACCUGCACUACCCCUCUCAGCACUCCCAGCCCCAGCCCCCACCGUCCUCCUCCUCAGCUUCCUCUGCAGCUCCCCCCUCCUACCCCUAUAAGGGCUACGGCAUGCCCCCUGGCCCCCAGUACUCCCGGCAGCUAGGUAACCACGGUGGGAUGAAGCCCAGUGGCUACCGAUCUCAGAACAGCUACAGCUACCAGCCCCCACCGCCGCCACCACCACCACCAUCCCGAAGUGGAUUUGAGCAACCACAGCAGCAGCAGCAACAGCAGCAGCAGCAGCAACAGUCUGUGUCUUUGUCAGGCAUGGCUGGAUCCCCCGAGAGCAUGCAAAAGUAUCAGCAACACUAUCAGCACAGCCAGACGCAGCAGGGCUACUGUAUGCCCGAGAUCCCUGUGCGUUCCCCUGAGCAGUACUACCAGAACUGCAGCCCCAGCUCCAGCCACUCCCCAGCGCGGUCCGUAGGGCGUUCCCCUUCCUACAGCUCCACGCCCUCCCCGCUCAUGCCCAACACAGAGUCCUUCCAAUACAGCCAGCCGCCGACGCCCAUCAACCCCCAGUCGGCCUCCGCUGCCGGUUCCUCCACCUCCUCCUCCACUUCCUCCUCCUCUUCCGCUGGUGCUCUGCAGGACCAGGGCAUGCUGAUGCCCCCGCACAGCCACCCUUCCCCAGGGGUCAACCACCAGGCCCAGGCCCAGAGCUACAGCAGCUCCUCCUCCACCUCCAUGAAGGACCGCUUCUCGGAGAAGCUGCUCUCCAACCCCAGCCUGUGGAGCCUCAACGCCCUCACCUCGCAGGUGGAGAGCAUCUCCAACAACGUCCAACAGCUGCUCCUGUCCGAGGCUCUCAUGGCCAACAAGAAGGGCAGCAAGCGAGGGGCGAUUCCGAAAAAGGGAGAGGAGUACAGGGGGCAGCUCAGAGGUCUGGAGGACCCUGCCUGCCCUGAUGUUCAGCAGCACGGUGGACACAUGCCCGAGGCCUACAGCACUCCCAAGUCAAUGGCAGCUGAGCUUCACGAUGCAGCCUACACUGCCGGCAGCACGGAGGAGCAACUAGACAGGAGCUACUACUACUGUAGCCAGAGCAGAACUCCCAUGCAUGUCCCAAGUAGCCCCCUUAUGCCUUUGAACGCAGUGUCCUCUUGUUCCAUGACCACGCUUGAGAGCCACUCUGUGUAUUCUUAUGCGAGUAUGCAGAGCACAGUGCUCCCUGAGAGUGACCCCAACCUGGACUCGAGACUGAAGACAGUCUCGUCCAUGGAUGCGGACCACAACAGCUCGGUUCAGAGCAUGAGCGACGAGAGAUCGCCCAUGAGCAUCCCGGCGCAGAGUCCCAUGAAACAGGAGAGCAACUCCCCACCCGACAUCAAGCGCAUAGACAGCUCACUGAAGGAGAACUUUGAAGAGUCGGCCUGGAUGGAGAAAUCAGCUGACGAGGAGGAGAAAAUGAAGACCAAGACAAGCCCCGAGCAGAAGUUCAAAGGGGAAAUACUGGACAGUGGAGAGAAACAGGAGAAGUGGUCAGAGGAUGAGAAGUCCCCGUCCCUCUUUCCCAAGAUGGGCACCGACACCUCUGGUCAGAGCGAUGCGUACGAGUCAGAGGACAGCACUUAUCAGGAGGUGCACAACAAAAGUGAUCCAGAUGACAGCGACUCCACCAACAGGAGUUGUGGAUUACCUGGUGAAAGCCACCUCCUCGGGGUGAAUCUAGACUCUGAAAUGAAAUCAGAGACGUUCAAAUCAGAGCCCUCCCCCACUACAGAGCCAACCCAGCCAAAUGCGCCGCCAUCUGUCUCAAGUGGUGGUGACCUUGCAGAGGAGGAUCAAUAUUUGCCAAGCCAAGAGGAGAAUUCCGAGGCUCUAUGUCUCUCGCCCUGCAGCAAGCAGAGGGAGAGUGAGGAAACACUUUCAACUGCUGAGGAGGAGGGGAGCGUUCAGGAGGAGACCCAGGAGGGAGAGAAAUCUGUUGCCACCUGUCAGGCCACCACCGAAGAGGAGGUAAGCGAGGAGGAGGAGCAUGAGCAUGAGCAUGACCAGCCUCCACCUUCGGACGACGUCAUUGAUGACAUGGCCAAGUCACAGGAACAGUCACCGGAGCACUGCAGCAGAGACGACUCACAGCAGCAGCAGCAGCAGCAGCAGCCGCAAAGAUAUCAAACUGCAUUUGACAACAAAUCCGACGAGACCGCAGUGGCAGUGGCAGAGGACGCAGCUCCUCAAAAUGGCGAAAGGAGGUCAAGCGCUUGUGACCUUGCACCUCAGUCUCACACCUCUAAGCUAGGCAUAAACCCUGUUGGGGAGAAACCAACGCCUCCGCCUCAGACGAGGGACCACAUCGAUCGCAGCGAUGCAAAGGUGUUGGAGCCCGACUCCCCCCAGCUGCCGGGCAAAUCAAUCUUGCACUCUGCGCCAUCUUGGGCUAACACCCCACCCUCUCCGCAAAAAGGCGACGAGGACAUGGAGCCCGGAAUCAGUUGCCCCAGCGCAGUGACCCCCUCGGCCAAGCCAGAUCCGGUGGCCCCCGCAGCAAACCCCCCCAGGGCCUUUGGUCGAAAGCCCGGCCGAGGCAGAAGGAGGGGAAUGCCAGCAAACAUAGGCAUCAGAAGGCAGCUCAGUGCAGAGGCAGAGGGAGCACCCACGCCCACACAGAAACCCGACAUUCCCCCAACUAAAAGCGCCCUCUUGUCCAAUCACAUGGAGGCAUCCCAUGAGGACAUGGCCAGCCAGACAACAAAACACGCGGCCACUGAGAACUUGCCAAGCACCCGCAUGUGCACCCGCUCACGCUCCUUCAGCGGACAAACACCUCCCAAGCCUGAACCCAAGCCUGAGCCCAGUCCCCCUGUUAAAAACAAGCCUGACGUUAGUCCCCCUGUUAAAAACAAACCAGGCCCCAAACCUGCCACCAUUCCACCUGUUAAAAACAAGCCAGGGCCCAAACCUGGCUCAAAGCCAGGUCCCAAACCUGGCUCCAAGCCAGGCCCAAAGCCUGGCCUCAAACCAGGACCCAAGCCAGGUCCCAAGCCAGGCCCCAAGCCUGGUGGAGGGACAGCCCCCAAGGGACAGGUAGGCCGCCCCAAAGGUUCCGUUUCCAAACUGAAGCUUUUAAAACAAGCGGAGGAACUUCAAGCAUCAAUAGUCGAGGCCACGGCCAAGAAGGCUGAGGGUGGGUCUGGCUCGCAGGAAGGACACCCAGAGCCAGCAGUCGCAUUAGAGACCCCCUCAGAAGUGCAACCACCUGCCAAAGACCAGAAGUCCAUGGUGCUUCGAUCUCGCAGACAGGCACCUGAGAAACUUGAGAAGGAGUUGAAAGAGAAAGAAAUUCCUGUCGUACCUUCAAAGAAAGCCAGAGACACGACAAAGCAAAACGCACCUCAUGAGCAGGUAACGGAGGCUGCAGACACAAACAGGCCUGCAUCUCCCCUGAAAGAGAUUUGCCAGAUAGAGACACCUGACACACUGCAGGAGGAGAAAAUUGCCUCCCCUGUCAAAAGACAAUCCACUUCACAGUCCCCAGACACCGUGAAGAGAAAGCGAGGUGCUAAAGCAGACAAGGCCGAUGCUGAGCAGGCAUCACAGUCACCAGAACAGCCGCAGAAAGAGCAGCAGGAAGACCCAAAGCCCCAGAAGCCAAACACACACACCCCCGAGGUCAGUGAGGUAACCCCCAGUGUGCCCCCUCAGUGUCCCACUAAAACCAAGUAUCUUCCCCCACGAAAGGGCAGAGGCCUCAAGUAUGAAGCCAUGGUCCAAAAAAUAACAUCCAACACUGCCUCCAAAAAGCAGCCCUUCACAAUCCCUCCAGAGUGCCUGACAGAGGACCCCAUCUCUAAGGCUGUCCAGCAGGUGCCUGAGCAGAAAGAGGAGUUGCCGGAAGAGAGUAGCACCACCGCAGCAGAGGCCCAGAAACCGGCUGAUGACAACCAAACGCCCAAUAAGAAGAAGAGAAAAUGGUCUACUGUGGAGAGUAUUGUGGAAGCAACGGGGGCCUUGGACGCCACAUCUCUCAUCAUCAACACGCCGCGACUGGCCAAACAGAGAGCCAUCAAAAACAACCACGAGAUGCACCUGAAGCAGAGGAGGAAGAGGAGGAAAGGCCAGUCUCCUCCCGAAGAGCUUUGCACUGUAGAGGCAGAGCCGGCUGUGGUGGAGUCGAUGGAGGUUGUGGAGGAGGUGACAGAGGCAGUGGUGGCCGAGCCGCAGACUGAGUCACUAAAGGAAACACAAACAGAAACACAGGUGCCGGUAGAGUCACUGACAACAGAACAGCCGCAGCAUCCCGAACCUCCAGCUCUGCCACCCACACCCACACCCACACCUGUUCCGGUGACAAGCAGCGAUCAGCCACCCACGGAGCUGCCAUCCGAGACACCAGCGGAGCCACCAAAGCCCCGGAGGGGAAGGAAGCCAUCACUGAAGAAGAAAGAGGCAAAGGCAGCGAGCGAGCCUAGUCCUGUACCUGUCGUACCUGCCAAGAGAGGUAGAAAACCCGGCCCUAAAAAGAAGACGGCAGAACAAAGUUCGGCACCGAAGCCUCCUGUGAAAGCUGUGGCAAAAACUACAGAGGCUGUGCCGCUGCCACCACCACCACCACCGCCUAAGCCUAAGACAAAAUGUAAAAAGCAGAGUACACCCAAAGUAAAAUCAUCGAAGCAGGAGACAAAAUGUAACAUUAUCUCAACAAGCACACCACCUUUGCAAGAUAUAAAAUGCUCUUUUAUUCCGUAUGUUCGUAUCGACAGCUCUCUGAAUGCGGCCAUAGUGAACAGGCCGAGUGAGGAGACACAGAUCGCGAUGGAGAUAGAGAAGAGCACUGUAGAAAUGAAACCUACUCUCACCAAGAUGAUAGCUGCAUCCUCCAUGAUGCUCUUGGGUCCUUUAGUCAAUAGAAAUCUCACAGACAGGUGUCUGAAGUGCUGCCUGUGCGGAAUGCCUUCAAACUACAGAGAUCUCGGGGACCUGUGCGGACCCUAUUACCUCCGUACCAGCAUACCACGAAAAACAUUGUCCUGGAGCUACAAACAGGAGUUCUGGGAGAGCAGAGACGGAGCACAGUUCAAAAGCACUCCCACUCUGCCUACUCCACCAGAGAGUGAGAAAACACCAGAGACCAGCCAGGCAGGAACAAGUGAGGAGCACCCGAGCCACCACAAAAAGUCCAGGAGGCCGAGUCGAGAGAGCUCACACCAUCGGUCGAACUUCAGGCUGAGGCUGAAGAAGCUGCAGGAGUGCCUGAGCCUCAGGAGGAGAGGAGCUGGGGAUGCUGCAGCACCGCCUACUGGUGAGGAGGGUGAAGGCAGCCUGCUGGAGAGGAAGCAGAGGGAGGCGGAGGGGAGGGAGCAUUGGGCCCAUGAGGCAUGCGUGGUGUGGACCAGCGGGGUGGUUCUGGUGUCAGAGAGGCUUUACGGGCUGAGGGAAGCUGCUCACUCGGCGAGUGAAACGAAAUGUGCUAAGUGCCAGAGUGAGGGGGCAUCCGUUGGCUGCAGCUGUGAGGGAUGCUCUCAGAAGUACCACUAUGUCUGCGCCAAAGAGUCGGGGUGCUUGUUUGACGAGGACAACUUUGCCAUGAGGUGUUCAAAACACAAGGUAGGCAAGCAGAGCCGCCCUUAAAUCACCCAAUACUGUUACGCUGUCAGACAUGUCCAGAUACAUACACACACUCACAUACAUGCACACAUGCUCUCUAUAGGAUCUCUUUGUAUCUCUCGUUCUCGCUUUUUAUUUAUCUCUUUGUCUCUCUCCCCCAUCUCUCCAUCUCUCUCCCUCCCAUCUCUCCAUCUCUCCAUCUCUCCAUCUCUCUCUCUCUCUCUCUCUCUCUCUCUCUCUCUCUCUCUCUCUCUCU